GUGGUCUUCACGGUGAUUAACAUCACCUUCUGCGUGGCCUUCACCCUGGAGCUGGUGCUCAGGCUCUACGCCCACCAGAUGCAGUUCUUCAUCGGGGAUGGCUGGGCCUGGAACCUCUUCGAUGGUAUUGUGGUUCUCUUCAGCAUCGUGGACGAGCUCUCCCAGCUGUUGCUGGUCUCGGACACCCGCCUGCUCGGCUUCGCCGGUGUGCUGCGGAUGCUGCGCUUGGGCCGCCUGCUGCGCCUGGUGCGCUUGAUCCGGGUGAUCCCGGCGCUGAAGUCCAUGGUCACCCUGAUCUCAGCUUCCGUGAACUCCUUCUUCUGGACAGGCGUUUUGCUGCUGAUCCUAAUGUACUGCGUGGCAGUGUACUUUACAGAGCUCGCCACGGACGUUCGCAUGAACAUUCAGGAGAAAAAGGCGGAGAGGCUGGCGGAGAUCCAGAGAUACUGGGGCUCCUUGGGCCAGGAGCCGCUCGGUACUUGA